AUGGAAAUCAUUUCAUCAAAACAAUUCAUUUUACUGACUUUAGCCACUUCCAGCUUGUUAACAUCAAACAUCUUAUGCACAGAUGAAUUAAUGAUAUCCAAUCUUCACAGCAAAGAAAAUUACGAUAAAUAUUCUGAGCCCAGAGGAUACCCAAAAGGAGAAAAGGAAAGAAAUCUCAAUUUUGAGGAAUUAAAAGAUUGGGGGACAAAAAAUGUCAUUAAGAUGAGUACAUCCAUGGUCAACAAAAUGCCACACUCAGCAGCCAACUUGCCUUUGAGAUUUGGGAGGACCACAGAAGAAGAACAAAGCACGGGGGCGAUAGCCAACCUGCCUCUGAGAUUUGGAAGGAGUAGGAAGGCAAGCAUCUCAAGAUGUGUCCCUAAUCUGCCCCAAAGAUUUGGGAGAAGAACAACGGGUAAAAGGGUCUCGAAGACACUGGGUGAUUUGUGUCAACAAUCCAUCCACUCACCCUCUGCCAGUGAGUUACUUCAUUCCAUGACCUGCCAACCCCAAGAAAUCCAGAAUCCUAAUCAAAAACAAACAAGGAGACUGGUAUUCAAGAAAACUGACGAUGCAGAAUUUGUGAAACAAGAAAAAUAA